GCUUUUGAAAUUGUAUUGGCUUUUUGCUCGAGCCUAAACCGCUGUAAAUUUUUUUUUUAAUUCUUUGCUCUUUUCUUUUCUUUCCCUAAUUACUAUGGUUAUGUACAUCAAUAUUCUUUGGAUAAUAUGUUUACUCAUAUUUAUCAUUUCUCUUCUCUUACUGGUAAGACGAAGACGACAACACCGAAAAGGUAAAAUAGGGGCUCUCUUUUUUUCUUAAAUGGCAUAACCAGCAUUACUGUGAUGACUCAUGGACUUACCAUUUUGUCACGUAGCCAUGUUACAAGCGAAUGCGGCAAGCAAUAAUUUCCUAGUGAACCAUACAGUUGUGAAUAUGCCCAACGGUGCGAUGGGAGGUUCGUCGUUACCACCUUACAAUCAACCGGCACCAUACCCUAGUGGCUAUUAUCCAACGCCACCCAAUCAUUCGACAUCGCAAACAGUGUACAGCCCACCACCGUUGCCAGCUACCAGCCACGACCCUGAACUUGCUCCACCACCGCCAUCAUAUCAAGAUUAUACAAAGGACACCCGCAUAUAGAUGAAUGGGCAGAUACAUUUUCAUACCAGUGACCACUUGUCGGCAAAAUGGUUAUGUGACCUUCAUAUCCUUCACCACAAAACAUCAUGCAUCCCCCCUUUUUGCAUCACUUGCACUACGACUACCGUCUGUUUUUAAUCCGUUGAUGGCAGUAUCCGUAUAUAUCUAUCUCCCUAUUGUAAUAUUAUUUAUCUUGAAUAAAAAGGGUUUCUCUAUCUGUAGGAAAGCUUACCUCCCU